ACGGCCGAACCUACGUUCCCAAGGCCGAGGGCAAGGAACGUGCGAACCGGCUGCUGUCCCUACUAUGCCGCCCACCUGCGUCGCACCUUACCCUACACGCGGCGAAGGACACUGCAGUGACAGCCGUGCAGUCGUUGCCGGCGGUGCUCCUGGGCACGUUGCUCAAUAUCCUCGACGGCGUCUCCUGUGCGUACGUAUUUCACGAUCACGUUGGCUCGCUCUGAGGCUUCCUUACGUCCAGAUGGCAUGAUCAUAUUCCCAGCGGCGGGGGUCUUUGCGGGACUCGGCGGCACCGGGGUGUCGAUGUUCUUCGUCUCGGCGAUCAUCGCGCAGUUGAUUUACUCCGCCGGAGGGAGUGGCUUCGCGGGGGCGAAUGGCAGUAUGAUGAUUGAGGUCGUGCCCUUCUUCCACAUUCUCGCGAACAGCAUCGCAGAAGACAUUGGCGAGGGUCAUCCUCGUGCGAUCCUGGCGACGACUAUUUUAGCGUUCGCGUUCUCGUCCAUCCUGACAGGGCUGACCUUCUUCCUCCUUGGCGCGCUCAGACUCGGUUCGCUGAUCGGCUUCUUUCCACGACACAUCCUGGUCGGCUGCAUUGGCGGUGUCGGUGUCUUUCUGGUGAUCACAGGGUUCACCGUAUGCACGGGCAUGCCGGAGGAAGACUUCGACUUCUCGCUGGAGGCACUGACGUAUGUCUUCUUCACGGCCCGUAACGUCCUGCUGUGGGCGCCUGCGCUCGCGUUGGCGUUCGUCCUGCGGGUGAUCACGCACAAGUAUGAGCACCAGCUCAUAUUUCCGAUGUAUUUCCUUGCGGUGCCGGUGAUUUUCUACAUUGUGGUCGCCGCUGCCCAUUUGGAUCUGGGUGUUCUCAGGGAGCAUGGUUGGCUCUUCGACAUGGGGACGUCGCAUGAACCGUGGUACCACUUCUAUACGUUGUUCGACUUCAGAGCUAUUCGUUGGGAUGCCUUCUGGGCCACUCUGCCGACGCAACUCGCAUUGCUUUUCUUCAACAUUCUGCACCCGCCUCUCAACGUGCCUGCGCUUGCUGUGUCACUGGAUCACGACGUGGACACGAACAAGGAAUUGGUUGCUCAUGGUUACUCCAACCUCCUCGCGGGUGUGCUGGGCACUGUUCCCAACUAUCUGGUGUACGUGAACACACUAUUAUUCUAUCGAGUGGGUGGUACGACGCGUAUCUCCGGCUUCAUGCUCGCCGCCGCUACGGCGGUCUUGCUCGUGAUUGGAACUGGUCCCAUCGCCUAUAUUCCGGUGCUAUUGGUCGGUGCCCUCAUCUUCGUGUUGGGCAUUGACUUGGUCAAGGAGGCGCUGUGGGAUACUAGACAUCGCGUUAGCCGGAUGGAGUAUAUCACGAUCGCGAGUAUCAUGAUCUGCAUGACCGUGUGGGACUUCGUGAUUGGCGUCAUAUUUGGUAUCGUUGUCAGCUGUGUGUUCUUCGUGGUGCAGAGCUCGCAACGGAAGAGCAUCCGGACGCUGCAUACGGGCGAGACAGUUAUGUCCACCGUACGACGACCAGGCGCACACCGAGCCUACAUCCGCGAGGUUUCCAAGCAGACGACCAUUGUUCGGUUGCAAGGUUUCCUAUUCUUUGGCACGAUCACGCACGUCGAGGAGACGAUCCGGACGCUCGUCGAGGGCCCCACAUGGCAGCGCAGCCCCAUGCGGUUCCUCAUUCUCGACCUGACGCUCGUCCCUGGUGUCGAUAUGUCCGCCGCCGAGGCGUUCGUUCGCAUUCAGCGGCUGCUCGCUUCACGGCGCAUCGUGCUCGUGCUCUGCGGGUUCUCACUCGACUCUAACGUCGGGCGGUCGUUGGGAAACGUGGACCUGCUGGAGAUGGAGGGCGUCGAGUUGUUUGCGACGUUCAAUGACGCGCUGGAGUGGACGGAGAACGUCUAUUUGAGGACGUGGUUCAGCAGCCAAAAGACAGAGACGCAUGCAGUUGUGUUACCUGGUCGAGAAGCUUCAAGUCUUGCAUUCGAGGAAGCUGUCGCAGCGACGCCGAGAAACAUGCAGUUGAUCGAAGCCGGAUGGCGGACCAUUGCUCGAGAUCACUCGCCACCAGAGGCAGAGGUGGCAGACGCACCAGAACCUUACAACACCCUCGUGAAGGUGUUUUCCUCAUACGGGCGCGUCGACCGGGACGACUUCGCACCGCUGAUCCGGUACCUCGAACGCGUCUGCCCAGCAGAAAGCACGGUGCUCUGGAGACAAGGAGACGAUUCCGACGGGCUUUACAUCGUUGAGUCCGGCGUGCUCAGAGCGACGUAUCAGUUCGGGGAGCACACGCGUCCCACGGAGGAGUCCAUGGUGCCUGGGACAUUGGCCGGCGAGCUUUCGGCAUUGACUGGCUUGUCUCGCAACGCGACUUGCGUUGUGGAACGGCAAGCGGUUCUCUGGAAGCUCAGUACCGAAGAUCUGCAUCGGCUGGGAGAGGAGCAGCCCAAGCUGGCGAGGGAGUUCACGAGACUGGUACUCAAAGCCGCAAAACUCGACUACGAUAUCCUCAUUGCUGCGCUCGCCACCCGGCAGUGAGCACGAAAAGCGCUAUGAGAUGUAACGACCUUACGCUUCAUGUAUCGAUACCUAUAGACUUGGAGUCUCGAUUGACUCAUUUGCCACCCAUACGACCAUGUACGACUCAACCAUUGAUGUGACACAGCCUGUAACACUAGUACCCUCUUAAGGACCAUCAUAGACACCACGACUUCGAGUCGGCUAUAUAGAUGUCGUCGUUCCUGGACACUACACACGCACCUAGUCUAUGAACUUAUCUUACACACACCAUGCACCCGUCUGCAAGAAAUGGCUACUUUCUAC